UAGUAGGAAAGUCAUAACUGUAUCGUGUAUGCAAGAUCAGUAGGGUAUAGUAUAUUUUAUAUCGAGAGGGGGAACGAACUGAUUACAGUGCGCAGGCCAAGGUUUACAGAACGAGGCGAAGCCGAGUUUUGUAAUUGGGCCAAGCACUGUAAUCUGAGUUCCCAUUCGAGGCAUAAAUAUCGUUUUUUCUACAAGCGAUAUUUCAAAUUCGAAAAUUUCAAAUAAUUGUAAUCAUUUAACAGUUCAUUAAUAAACUCACCUGUUCUAACUCGACACCUUGAUGCAUGCCCGAUUGUAAAAAAAAACAAUGCCAAUUUUGUUUAUUUUUUGACGUAUAUGGUUUGUUCGUUAUUUUGUGAGUUCUGAAAACAAGAAAGCAUAACAAGUGCAAUAAUACUAUGGAUUUUGUGAAUUCUGCUUUUGAUUCUGAUUCUGAAGAAGCAGGAAAUCAUAUUUCUCCUGAGAUUGCAGCAGCGGCAAGCGCCGCAGUAGAAGAGUUGUUUCUCAUAAAAUCAAAGGGGCGUUAUGAAAUAGUUUAUAAACAAUUUCAAUCUUGGUGUCAAAAGAAGAACGUGAAAAAUGUAGUAUGCGAAAGUGUACUGUUGGCAUAUUUUAUGGAGAAGGCAAAAGGAUUUAAGUGCUCUAGCAUGUGGAGUCAUAACUCCAUGUUGAAAUCAACGAUGAAUAUAAGACACAAUGUCAGCAUUGGUAAUUUUUCGAAAUUAGUCUCCUUUUUGAAACGGAAGAACGAUGGUGACAAAGCUAAAAAAUCACGAGUGUUUUCCGAAGAAGAGUUUUAUAAAUUUCUGCAAAAAGCUGAGGAUAGUAAAUACUUGGUGAUGAAGGUAGCUUUCAUUUUCGGCGUUGCCGGUGCGUUGCGAAGAGCAGAAUUGACUAACAUGUCCACUGAUGAUAUCGAAGAUAGAAGCGCUGUUCUAAUAAUUAGGGUCCCAGAUACGAAAACUAAAAUUUGCCGAACAUUUAUUGGAGAUACAGAAGAGAUCAACUUACUGGAAGUUUAUAGAAAAUAUGCACUUCUUCGACCUACACACACGGGCCAUAAGCGUUUCUUCGUAAACUACAGACAUGAAACGCGUUCAACACAAGUGGUUGGAAUUAAUACCAUAGGAAAAAUACCGUCUUUGAUAGCCGAAUAUCUUGAUCUAAAAAAUCCUGCAGAAUAUACAGGUCAUGCAUUUAGGAGAUCAUCAGCCACAUUUUUGGCGGACGCUAGAGCAGAUAUUCUCCAGUUAAAACGGCAUGGCGGCUGGAGAUCGACAAGCACGGCAGAAACGUACGUAGAGGACUCAAUUCAAAAUAAAGUGAAGACAGCUAACCAAAUUCUUGGAGAAGGCCAUCGGAUAAUUAAGAUGUCAGAAGUUAAUGCAGGAGGUUGCAGUGAAAAUAUUGUUGUCACCGAAACCAAGAAAACAGGUGAUGAUAAAGAAAAUAAGAUUAUUGGUAAAUCUUCAGCAAUACAAAUUUCGAAUGGUUCAAAUUGUGUAUUCACAUUUAGUUCUCUGUAA